GCACGUUGGCGCGUGCCUGUAAUCCAAGUCACUGGGAGGCUGAGGUUGGUGGAUCGAGUGAGCUGAGGAGCUCUGGGCUGUAGUGUGCUAUGUUGAGCGGGUGUCCACACUAAGUUCGGUAUCGAUAUGGUGCUCCUGGGGGAGCCCGGGGCCACCAGGUCGCUUAAGGAGGGGUGCACCGGCCCAGAUCGGAAACGAAGCAGGUCAAAGCCCCCGUGCCAUCCAGUAGUGGGAUAGCGCCUAUCUCUCAAGGCGUAAUCCAUGCUUUCAGAUGAGCUUGACUCCAAACCCGAGCUGCUGGUUCAGUUUGUCCAGAACGCUUCCAUCCCUCUGGGGCAGAGUCUGGAGGACUCUGAUCCCAAACACACCUGCCUUCCCCUGCUGGCCCCUGCAGAUAGCUCCCUGUGCGCACAGCUGGCCCUGACAGAGGGUGGUCUCAGCCAUGUGUCAGCGAGGUCUCUGUCCCUGUCAGAGUUUGGGGGAGCAGAGCAGAGCCCCAUGGAGGUGCACCCCCAUCUCCGCAGCCCUCACACACCCCCCAGCCCAUCUCCUGUCCUCCAUGACCUGCAGCGGUCAGAGAGCAGCUCCUACGUCCUCCUCAACCUCGCCAAAGGCCUAGCAGCCUCCUCUGAGCCACUAAUCUUUUCAGCAGAUGGGACAGAGGAGGAGGAAGAGGAGGUGAUCUUGUCCGGGGACUGUUGUGUGGAUGGCACUGCCCCCUGGUACCUGCGGGUACAGGAGUUGGCACACGACAGCCUCAUCGCAGCAACGCGUGCACAGCUGGCUAAAGAUGCCAAGGCUAGCCAGGACGCCAGGGCUGGGAAUGGCAGCAACAGUAAUGUCACUGACUUUAAUGGUGGUGACCACCUGCCCAGCUUCCCGUUGGAGGGUGUGAAGAGAGAGCAGCCGACGAGGACCAAUCGUACGCUUUCUUCUAAACAGAACCUCCGCUGCUCCUUUGAGGGCUGCUAUAGAACCUUCACUUGGCCUGCUCACCUCAAAUACCACCUCAAAACACACAGGAACGACCGUAUGUUCCGGUGUGGGGCGGAGGGCUGUGGGAAAAGUUUCUACGUACUGCAGCGUCUUCAGGUCCACAUGAGAACUCACAACGGAGACAAGCCUUUUUUCUGCAAGGAGAAGAACUGUGGCAAGAAGUUCACCACUGCAGGAAACCUCAAGAACCACAAACGCACACACACAGGUGAGAAGCCUUUUUUGUGUGAAGCAGGUGGCUGUGGUCGUUCCUUUGCAGAGUACUCCAGUCUACGCAAACACAUGCUCGUACACUCAGGAGAGAAACCCCACCAGUGUGGUGUCUGUGGAAAGACGUUCUCUCAGAGCGGCAGCAGGAACGUCCACAUGAGGAAGAGACACGGAGAGGAGGUGCUGGGGAACGAGGGCAGAGAAACAGGCGAGGCUCUGACACACAGCAGUUUGCUGGAGGCUGACGGGUCACCUGACGACACUAUGGUCACCAUGACUACGGGGGUGGAGCCCAUGAACCUACACCACACCAUGCUGCGAGAGCAAGGCUCGGCAGACUCCGUGGUCGUUCUCUCUCAACCCCAUGACCUGGUCACCAUGACAACGACAAGCCACACGUACGCAGAGGAUGUGGUGGCUUUGCUGUAGUCAAGGCUGUUGUGCAAAUCUCUGUUCACACUUCAGGAAAGUAAUUUGAGGCAGAAUUCUACAUGUACUCUCUGCAUCCUUCACCGUGGCUGCGUUAAGACAGGCAGCCCAAUUCUGAUAUUUUAUUUCCACUAAUUGGUCUUUUGACCAAUCAGAUAAGAUCUGAAAUUAUGUGAUUGGUCAAAAGACCAUUUAGUGGGAAAAAAAGAUCAGAUUUAGCCCUGUAGAUAUGUAAUUAGCUGCUGAGGGUUUUAUGAGAAGACGGUGUAAAAUGUUCUAGAACUUGUACAGACAGACAACUUUUUCUGUAGUUUAUAAAUAUAAGGAAUAAUCAGGUGACUUUCCAAAGAAAUAAAGACAGGUAUACAUAUGUUUUAUUAAUUAACAAUGUGUUUGUCAUUGUUAAACAACAUACUAAAUCAACUCUGUAAGCUUGCCUGGGUGCAGAUAAGGCUAAAAUGCAGUGAUCUUUCUUUUGCUAAACAAUAUUAAGGAUGAUGCUUUUUAGCUUAAUUCAUAUUAAUCAAGAGCUCGAAUCAAUUCCUAUCGUUGAAGUUUAGCACUAAAGCGUGAUUUGAAAUUCAAGGCAAUGUUUCCACAUUGAGACUUCGUUCACGGUGAACGCUGCAUAUGUCGGCUCAAUCGGAAAUGACCAUUUCAAUCACACUAUGGAGCUGAACUUCUGCAAUGCUCAAUAGCUGACAUAAAACUAUUUGAAAAUGUACAUUUUAAAUGUGCUCCACAGAAAUGUACUCAGUCCCCAAUCAUUAAGGAAACAGUUUCAAACUCACAAGCUGCUAUUGGAAUGAAGGCACAGCUGCAUAUAGAACAAUGGCACACUCUACACACACACAUACCAGCUUCUAUUUUUUUAUUGAAAUCAAAAUAUCCAGAUUUGUACAGUAACAAAACUAUGAGUUUCAGCCCCCAGUGCUUUAAUAGAGACGUGUAUAUAAUACAAGGCUACAGUAUAGCAGCCAGUCACAUGAAAACAACAGACCUACUGAACUAUAGUACCAGUUGUGUGUUGGGUAACAAAAAAGUUGGAACAAUUGUAAUGUCAUCUCAAAUGUAAAAUGCAAAUAUGGCAUAUCUUUAAAACAUUACAUUUCACAAGACACAAAGGCUUAUCAGUUUAAAACAAGUAUUCCUCAGUCCAUUUCUUGUUGAGCACCAUGUAAACCAGUGAUCCCACCUGCCCACCCAACCCUGUGGCUUAUGUCUCUCAGUGGAUCUUUAGGUUCUGGAAGUGUUUGAACGUGGCACCUAAUGCCCAGCUUGUCUCAAUAUUGUUCACCUUCUUAGUCAGCUGGAGAAAGGAGACACACCAAAUCACUCAUGCCUUUUUGUAUUUAUUUAAGUAAAAAUGUUUAACAGA